GUCGGCAUAUAGUCGACUGCUUCAAGCCUUCAGCCUGUGUGCGUUGUAAACAUGUGCUUAGCAAGUAGGAAAUUUGCUUGCUAAAAUUUAUCUUGAUUUUGACCUUAAUUAAAUGUAUUAUCACUAAAAAGUGUUGGAAACCUGCCUAUAAGUGUUCGAUUUGACAAAAGUAAUUGCAAGAAAAAUCGUAAGUGACUCUCGCUAGUAGAUAGCAACAACCAUGAGUUUCCGUGGCGGUGGAGGAGGACGCGGUGGCGGCGGAUUUCGUGGAGGUCGAGGUGGUGGAGGUGGAGGCGGUUUUAGAGGCGGCGGUGGUCGUGGAGGAGGUCGCGGCGGAUUCGGUAACAAUCGCGGUAGCUUUGGUAAUCGUGACGAUGGACCGAAGAACAUAAUCCCCCUUGGUUAUUACGACUAUCCCUGCCAGGAAGACCUGGUCGCCAAGGUGGAGGUGGAGAACGUACCGUUCUUCAACGCACCAAUUUACAUAGAGGGCGAGAAGCAGAUCGGCAAGGUGGAUGAGAUUUUCGGACAUCUGCGGGACUUUUACGUCUCAAUCAAACUGAUGGAGAACAUGAAAGUGGACGGAUUCCAAGCGAAGCAGAAGCUGUUUAUCGAUUCGGCAAAGCUGCUGCCACUGGCGAGGUUUCUGCCGGGAAAUAAUAACAAAAAACCCGGUGGUCGAGUGGGCAAACCGGGUGGUGGGCGUGGCGGCGGAGGUGGACGAGGAGGUCGUGGUGGUGGCGGUUUCCGGGGUGGUCGCGGUGGACCGGGUGGCGGCAGAGGAGGGGGAUUUGGACGAGGAGGUGGUGGCGGCGGAGGUUUUAGGGGUGGUCGUGGAGGUGGAGGUGGAGGAAAACGGUGGUAGUUUUCGAACUACACUUUUGUUUGCUUUUCCGUGAAAAAACCUUAAUACUGC